AUGUGGCCGGUGCCCUCGAGAGAGCCGGCAAGUGGGGCAGCCGAGUUGUCGGGACAAAUGCGACCUGUGGUCACCAAUGUCUUGUUGUCUUGCACGAGGCUUCUGGCCCGCCCCGCGACAAGCCUAGAGACUCGCGAGCGGAGGCUCGACGGUUGCCAUGGUUCAGGGGACCGAGACGGCGUCUUUUGGCCUCGACGACAAGGAACUUGUGGGGCCACCGGCGAAGUCCACCGAGGUGGGUUGGAGGGUUUUGCGUGUCCCGUUGGUGCUUUGGUGGACAACAUUUCCGAAUGUAGGUGGGCUUCGUGUCUGUCAGUAGCGCUUGAAAAAGAAGAAGAUACAUAA